GCACGGCACGGGCCUCACUUCGGUCCUCCUCUCUCUCUCCCCCAUAGCAUAAACCCUCGCGAGCAGUUAGGGUCUAGGAAGUCUGCUUUGUGGCUUGCAGGAAAUGGAACAUCUUGCGCUGGCCUCGAGCAAACUCUCCGUCUUCGCCAGUUUCCCGGCCGCUAACGAUAACCGAAUCCGGCGAUGGCCAGCCUUUCCAUUACAUUCGGUGCCGGCGAGCGGGAGAGGAAUCCGUAGAUCAAGAGACUCCAGGUUCCUUGCUUCGUCCAUUAGACGCGAUAACAGCGACGAUGCUUCGCAGAGAAUUUCGAGGACAGUGCUUGGGAAAAUUGCAAUGCAUAAUUUUGCUAGUAUAUCAUCAUCAAAUAGCAGUGAGAUUUCUACAGUUAGCACUGCUCCUCAGACCCCAUUGCCAACCCCUCCAUCUUACUUCGGGUCACCUCUUUUCUGGGUUGGAGUUGGAGUUGGGCUGUCAGCAUUAUUCUCAAUGGUGGCUACAAGAGUAAAGCAAUAUGCAAUGCAACAAGCAUUUAAAACUAUGAUGAGUCAAGCAACACCACAAAAUGGUCAAUUCAGCAAUGCGGCCUUUCCAGCUGGCUUACCAUUUUCAUUUCCACCACAGUCACCCCCAACCGCUUCUUCAAUGCCAAAUUAUACCUCACAAUCAGUUGCUGUUGUAGAUCUUCCUCCGACUAAAGUAGAAGAUUCUUCUGCUUCCAUCGAAUCCAAAGAACAGAUUGAAAGAAGGCCGAAAAAAUAUGCCUUUGUUGAUGUUUCUCCUGAAGAAGUGUUGAGAAAGAGCUCAGAAUAUUCAAAAGAGUCCAUUUCUCAAACUGAGAAUCUAUCUGAGAAGGAAGUUUCACAGAAUGGGGCUGCGAAUAAGCAGGAACAGAACAUUUUCAGUCAGCAAUCUGAAACUCCAGGUGCAUCUGGAUCUGUACUGUCAGUUGAAGCAUUGGAGAAAAUGAUGGAAGAUCCAAAUGUGCAGAAGUUGGUUUACCCCUAUUUACCUGAAGAGAUGAGGAACCCGACUACCUUUAAGUGGAUGCUACAAAAUCCACAAUAUCGGCAGCAAUUGCAAGAUAUGCUAACGAAUAUGGGGGGUAGUAAUGAAUGGGAUAACCGUAUGAUGGAUACAUUGAAAAAUUUUGAUCUCAGUAGUCCAGAGGUCAAACAGCAAUUUGGUAAGAUACGAUCAAACGCAAUCUUGAUAUUCUGAGCUGCUCAAUUUUUU